AUGGUUUCUCUUCGAUCUCUCUUGUUUUGUCUCUUACUAAGUACUUGUGCCUAUGCCACAAUUGUUUCUCAUGACGGUAGAGCCAUUACUAUUGAUGGUCAUCGCCGAGUUCUCCUCUCUGGUUCCAUCCAUUACCCUAGAAGUACCCCUGAGAUGUGGCCGGAUCUUAUUAGGAAGGGUAAAGAAGGAGGUCUUGAUUCUAUCGAGACGUAUGUCUUUUGGAAUGCGCAUGAGCCUACUCGUCGUCAAUAUGAUUUCUCUGGGAAUCUAGAUCUUAUCCGUUUUUUGAAAACCAUUCAAGAUGAAGGAAUGUAUGGAGUUCUUCGCAUUGGACCGUAUGUUUGCGCCGAGUGGAACUACGGAGGGUUCCCAGUGUGGCUACACAACAUGCCCGGAAUGGAAUUCAGAACUACAAACCCCGCAUUUAUGAAUGAGAUGCAAAACUUCACUACUAUGAUAGUAGACAUGGUGAAAAAAGAGAAGCUAUUUGCAUCACAAGGAGGUCCAAUUAUCCUUGCUCAGAUUGAAAAUGAGUAUGGAAACGUGAUUGGAUCGUACGGAGAAGCUGGUAAGGCAUAUAUUCAGUGGUGUGCAAACAUGGCCCAAUCUCUUGAUGUUGGUGUUCCAUGGAUUAUGUGUCAACAAGAUGAUGCUCCUCAACCCAUGUUGAACACAUGCAAUGGUUAUUAUUGCGACAACUUUGAACCAAACAACCCCAACACUCCUAAAAUGUUGACUGAGAAUUGGACAGGAUGGUUUAAGAAUUGGGGAGGCAAAGAUCCUCACAGAACAACCGAAGAUGUUGCAUUUGCUGUUGCAAGAUUUUUCCAAAGAGGAGGAACUUUCCAGAAUUACUACAUGUACCAUGGAGGCACCAAUUUUGAUAGAACCGCAGGUGGUCCUUACAUCACGACCACAUAUGAUUACGAUGCUCCUCUUGACGAAUUUGGUAAUUUGAACCAACCAAAGUAUGGACAUUUGAAGCAACUUCACGAUGUUCUUCACUCUAUGGAGAAGACUCUUACCCACGGAAACAUCUCCAACGUUGAUUUUGGAAACUUUGCCUCCGCAACAAUUUAUACAACAGAUGAAGGAUCAAGCUGCUUUUUGGGAAACGUUAAUGAAACUUCAGAUGCAAUAAUCAAUUUCAAUGGAACAACUUAUGAUGUGCCCGCUUGGUCUGUCAGCAUUUUACCAGAUUGUAAAACUGAAACUUACAAUACCGCCAAGAUUAACACUCAGACUUCAGUGAUGGUUAAGAAACCGGAUGAAGCCGAGGACGAGCCUUACACUCUAAAAUGGUCAUGGAGACCAGAGAACGUGGAUAAUGUCCUCUUGAAAGGAAAAGGAGAAUCUACAAUGAAACAAUUGUUUGAUCAGAAAGUUGUAGGUAACGAUGAAAGCGAUUAUCUUUGGUACAUGACAACGGUCAAUCUCAAAGAACAAGAUCCAGUUUGGGGUAAAAACAUGUCUCUUCGUAUCAACAGCACGGCUCAUGUUCUACAUGCUUUUGUCAAUGGAGAACAUAUUGGUAAUUAUCGCGCGGAUAAUGGAAAGUUUCAUUAUGUUUACGAACAAGACGCGAAAUUCAACCCUGGUGCUAAUGUCAUUACUCUCCUUAGCACAACCGUAGGCCUUCCGAACUAUGGUGCUUUCUUCGAAAGCAUACCAACCGGAAUCACUGGACCCGUUUUCAUUAUUGGAAGAAAUGGUGAUGAAACCGUAAUCAAAGAUUUGUCUACUCAUAAAUGGAGCUAUAAAACCGGUUUAAGUGGGUUUACGAACGAACUCUUUAGUUCGGAAUCACCUUCUAAAUGGUCAGGUGAAAGUGUACCAUUCAACCGAACCAUGACUUGGUACAAGACCACUUUCAAGCCUCCUUUGGGAAAUGAACCAGUUGUUGUUGAUCUUUUGGGACUUGGGAAAGGUACGGCUUGGAUCAAUGGAAACAACAUAGGACGUUAUUGGCCAGCUUUUCUUGCAGGGGAUGAUGGUUGUUCCGACGAAUGUGACUAUAGAGGAGCUUACUACGCUGAAAAGUGUCAGACAAAUUGUGGAGAACCUACUCAAAGAUGGUACCAUGUUCCUCGUUCUUUCUUGAACUCAGAAGGAGACAAUACGCUGGUUUUGUUUGAAGAAGUUGGAGGAAACCCAUCACUUGUCAAUUUCCAGACAGUCGGAGUGGGAAGUGUGUGCGCAAAUGUCUAUGAGAAGAACGUUCUUGAGCUGUCCUGUCAUGGAAAACCCAUUUCCGACAUAAAAUUCGCUUCCUUUGGUAAUCCGGGAGGCAAGUGUGGAUCCUUUGAGAAGGGAACUUGUGAAGCAAGCAAUGAUGCCGCGUCUAUUCUCACUGAUGAAUGUGUUGGAAAAGAAAAGUGUUCCAUUGACGUCUCCACGGAGAAGUUUGGAGCUCCGGAAUGCGGUGGUGCUGCCAGGAGGCUCGCCGUUGAAGCUAUUUGCUAG